GACUCUUCCGCCCGUAAAGGCAUCAGCGCCUACAUUCCGCAACAAGCGGCCAGGAUUGAAUGCUCGCCAGAAUCGUCACGGGAUAAGCAAUCGCGACCGUCAAAAUUCUCCUGUGUAGUAGGGAAAUUCCAAGCCCGAGGAGGGGAACGAGAGGGGAGGGGGAAUUUCGGUGCAUGGCGGCGGCUAUGGCUGCGGCAUCGGCGUCGGCGGCGUCGGCGACACUGGUGAAUCCAUUGCCAUUACGGAGGAGCCUGUGCUCUUCGUCGAUUUCGAUCGGGACGCAGCAUCGCGGGCGAGGGCUGUGCUUCAAUUCCCUAGUUUCCAGGCCCGGGACGCGCAAUGCCGCAGUCUGUGGAUCCAGGAGAUUGCGCUACCGGACGUUUGCGCUCGCCGAGCAGCAGGCCAGCCAAGCUGAGCAAGUGGAGGACGAAAAGGAGAAGGCUGAUGAUGACGGCCUGGAAGACACAACUUCUCAAGUUAACGGGAGUGAGCCGACCGAGGUCUCGGCUUCGGUCAUCGAAGUUCUCCUCCGGAACUACUCUGAAGCUGUUCUAGGCAACGAUCAAGCAGCAAUGAGCACCAUACAGGCGGAGCUGGAAGUGAUCCAAAAGGAGAGGGACUCUCUCAGUCAGCUCGUUGCAAAUCUCACGGAGGAAUCGGCCCUGGCCAAGGAGCGGCUCUUGCGACUCAACGCAGACUUUGACAACUUCAGGAAGCGAUCGGGACGCGAGAAGGAUUCGCUGCGAGAGACCGUCAAAGGCGACGUGGUGGAAAGCUUGCUGCCAAUGAUCGACAACUUCGAGAGGGCCAAGGGAGCGAUCAAGGCCGAGACUGAUGGCGAGAGGAAGAUUGACAGCAGCUAUCAGGGGAUCUACAAACAGUUUGUGGAUAUCAUGAAGAGCUUGGGCGUCAAAGUCAUCGACACAGUCGGAAAGGAAUUCAAUCCCGAGCUUCACGAGGCGAUAAUGCGCGAGGAAUCUAGCGAGUAUGACGAAGGUAUUGUAACGCAGGAAUUUAGACGAGGAUUUUUGCUAGGAGAGAAGCUUUUGAGGGCCGCCAUGGUGAAAGUUUCUUCCGGAAAGCAGAGUAACAGUCCAGCAGCAGCUCCUCAAGACUCCGAAGAGACAACGCCAUCGGAUGAAACUCCUGUGGACGAGAACAGUGCUUGAGAAGGACGAAAGAGGAAAAACAAAAGGAAGUUUUGGCACAGGAUUUUGGGAAUUCCUAGAAAAGGAGAUAAGCGAUCCAUCCAACGAAGGAUUUUUUUACUCUACAUUUCAUAUACACUGAAUCAAGACGAAGAAAGAACACACUACGAGAUAAUGAGAAGAUGAUAGUAGCUAAUAUGUUGUGUAGCGUUUGAUUCCCACCAAUAUCUUGGAAUAUCUCCCGCGGGGGUCCCGCACGGACUCGACA